UGAUCUUCUGUGAAUGUUCUGUGGUUGCCAUGCUUGUUUACAUUUAUUCUGUGGGCAUUAUAUGUGAGGUCGUCAAAACGAAGACAAGAUGAAAAAAGAAAAACUACCGAAAAGUUUUAAUUUAAAAGAUUUAGAAGAACAGAGCGAAAAUAGAAAUUCGUGUAUAUAUUUACAAAGAAUUCAAGAUCAUUUGGCUUUGCAUCCGUAUCAUUUAAGUGACCUGAACAAUUCGUUGAAUGAAAUUCUAAAUACACGUGUUGGUAAAUAUUGUCCUCGUUUGGAAGGAAUACUUUGUGGCUACAAAAAUGUAAAUUUUUCAUCUCAGAACGGAUAUAUUUGUGAUGAUUCCUGUUUUAUCCAUGUGGACACUGAAGCAGACUAUUUUCUUUUUAAGCCAGCCACAGAAAAGUUACUUCAAGGAGUUGUUAACAAGAUAAGUAAAGAUCAUGUGGGUUGCUUAGUACACAACAUUUUUAAUAUUUCUUUGCCAAAACCUAAACAUUCAGAAAACUGGAUUGGAGAUUCUCUAAGUAUUAAUGAUGAAGUAGAAUUAAAAAUUACCUCUACGGACUUUGAUAGAAAACUACCUUAUAUAAAAGGAGAAAUCAUUUCCAUUCAAAAUAAAUUUGAAAACGAAGAGACUUCUACAGUUGAGAAUUUGUCACUGAAAAAUCAGAAGAAGUCCAAACAGUCAACGGCAACGUUAUUUACACCCUCUUCGAUUCAAACAAGAGUAGAUGAAGCUGCCAUCCAAAAUUUCAGUGUAACAGUUGAAGAUGAAAAGUCUGCAAUUCGAGAAAAGUUGCCAUCCAAAAAUCAUAAAAAAUGUGCAAAGGCAAAGAAAACAUUGUUUACAUCUUCAACCCAGGCAGAUGCAGAUCCGGUUCAGAAUGAACUGAAAGACAUCCAAGAAAACUUCAGUGUAGUGACGGUUAAAAGUAAUAUUAAAAGAAAAUUAGACGAAAAUAAUGAACAAAGUGACUCGCCAACAAAAAAAAAAAAGACAAAAAAGUAAAAUAAUCUCUUUGUAAGGUAGAAAUAAAAUUAUUACUUUUUUGUAAAUAGCAUAGUACGUAGUUAGUUUUCAUUUAAUAAUAAAAAAACAUCUGGUUCAGUUCAAAUUA